AUGAAUCAUUUUUCUCUAUAUUACUUUUUUUAUUUAUUUUAUUUGCUUUUUCUUUUCUUUUUUCCCUUUUUAUUUCCUUGUUUUCCUCUUUUUUGUUUGUCACUUUUCCUCUUUUUUGUUUGUCACUUUUCCUCUUUUUUGUUUGUCACUUUUCCUCUUUUUUGUUUGUCACUUUUCCUCUUUUUUGUUUGUCACUUUUCCUCUUUUUUGUUUGUCACUUUUCCUCUUUUUUGUUUGUCACUUUUCCUCUUUUUUGUUUGUCCCCCUUUUUUGUUUGUCCCCCUUUUUUGUUUGUCCCUUUUUGUUUGUCCCCUUUUUUGUUUGUCCCCUUUUUUUUUUGUUCCCCCUUUUUUGUGCCUCUUUUUUGUUUGUCCUUUUUUUUGUGCCUCUUUUUUGUUUGUCCCCCUUUUUUGUGCCUCUUUUUUUUUUGUUUGUCCCCUUUUUUUUUUUGCCUCUUUUUUUGUUUGUCCCACUUUUUUGUGCCUCUUUUUUUGUUUGUCCCACUUUUUUGUGCCUCUUUUUUUGUUUGUCCCACUUUUUUGUGCCUCUUUUUUUGUUUGUCCCCCUUUUUUGUGCCUUUUUUUUGUUUGUCCUUUUCACUUUUUUUUUUUCACUUUUUUUUUUUUUCACUUUUUUUUUUUCUUUUUUACUUUUUUUCACUUUUUUUCUUUUUUUUCAUUUUUUUUUUUUUUUUACUUUUCACUUUUUUUUUUUUUUUCACUUUUUUCACCUUUUUUUUUUUUUUUUCCUUUUUUUCACCUUUUUUUUUUUUUUUCACUUUUUCACCUUUUUUUUUUUUUUUUUUCACUUUUUUCUUUUUUUUUUUUUUCACUUUUUCUUUUUUUUUUUUUUUUUUUUCUUUUCACUUUUUUCACUUUUUUCACCUUUUUUUUUUUUUUCACUUUUUUCACCUUUUUUUUUUUUUUCACUUUUUUCACCUUUUUCUUUUUUUUCACUUUUUUCACCUUUUUCUUUUUUUUUCACCUUUUUCUUUUUUUUCUUUUUUUUUUUUUCCUUUUUUCACCUUUUUUUUUUUUUCACUUUUUUUCUUUUUUUCUUUUUUCACUUUUUUUUUUUUUUUUCCUUUUUUCACCUUUUUUUUUUUUUUUUUUUUUUUUUUUCCUUUUUUUCACUUUUUUCACUUUUUUUUUUUUUCACCUUUUUUUUUUCCUUUUUUUCACCUUUUUUUUUUUCACCUUUUUUUUUUCACCUUUUUUUUUUUUUUUUUUUUACUUUUUUUCACUUUUUUUUCUUUUCCUUUUUUUACUUUUCACCUUUUUUUACUUUUCACCUUUUUUUACUUUUCACCUUUUUUUACUUUUCACCUUUUUUUACUUUUCACCUUUUUUUACUUUUCACCUUUUUUUACUUUUCACCUUUUUUUACUUUUCACCUUUUUUACUUUUUCAAUUUUUUUUUACUUUUCAUUUUUUUUUUUACUUUUCACCUUUUUUACUUUUCACCUUUUUUUUACUUUUUCACCUUUUUUUUACUUUUCACCUUUUUUUUUUUCACCUUUUUUACUUUUUUUUUUUUUUUUUCUUUUUUUUUUUUUUUUUUUUAGAACAUGUGGUAAAAGAAAAUGCCCAACUCUGGAUUAGGCGGAAACAAUUAAUAACUGAAUUAGCUGAAUAUAUUUAUCCAAUAACUGAGAAUUCCAAAAAAGAAUUUUUCAUCUGUGAUGUAAAACUUCCUAAUGCUGAGGAAAUUCAAGGGCAUGAUGAUACUAUGAUUGCUGUUGGACUUGGUUAUACAUGCCACAUGAUUUUGAUGCUGUCUCGUAUUUUAAACUUGCCACUGCGUUACCCCGUUGAGUACAGGGGUUCUCGGUCCCAAAUUCAGGACCAUAUUCACACCAAAUUGACUGACAGAGAACGGAACUUUCCCUUGUACAGUAAAGGAAAGAAGGACUUCUACUUUCAAUACGGUGUUUUUCUUUUAAAUAAGAAUAUAAGCCAGCUGCGAUGGUAUUGUGGACUUGGAACAGCUGACCUUCGGUUAACUUUACCUAAUCUCAAAUCUCUCCUGGAACUUCGCUUAGGUGUUAGAAAUGAACAAGCAAUGCAUCGUCUAAGUCCAGUUCCAUCAAACAUCCAUCAGGAUUCGACAUCUCCUUCUGGUCAGAUGUUGCUUGUUGAUUCUGCUGCUGGGGCUGUAAUAUGUGAGAUUGAUGAGUUCCACGGUGUGGUAGAUGGAUCCUCCAAACUGUCCCCUGAGGCCGCAACGGAGCUGGCCACAGAAGCCACUUCUGAGCUUCCGUCUCCCUCGGUGCCAAACAGUGCUGUAUCAGUUACUGAAGAUAUGUUUGAAGGGACAGAUGACCACUUCUUUCGGAUACAGAGGCCAGUCUCCAAAGUCUUCAGUUUAAGCAAUGAAAGUUUCUUGAACACGGUCACCUGUGACUCUGCUGACACAGAUCACAACCAAAGCACUGGUAGUAGUAGUGGCGAUGUCUCAAAGGACAAUGCGAAGCUAAUGUCAACCUGGUUGAAAAAGGUCUCUCCCGACCCGGACUCCCCUUCCUCAAUUCGUUCAGCUGGUUCAAGUCCAAAGCUACCGUACAGAAGCUCUGCUAGUUCUUUACAACCCAAGCUGAUACGGCCAGUUUUGCUUCGGGAGACGAGCAGCGAUAGUGCUAUGUCACUCCUUCACUCUUCCUCUUCUCCCCCUAAACAUCACCACCACCCCCAACAUUCUGCUUCUUCUUCGUCUCUCCCCCAAAAUUCUAAGUCUCAAUCUCUCUCUCAACAACCUCUCUCGCAAGAGGAAGAUCCUGAACUCCAUUCGACUCUGUCAGCUGCAAUACUUGCCGAGUCUUCACAGAGUUAUUGGUUGCAUAGACCUGAUAAUGUGCCCACUCUCUUUUUUCCUUUAUUCUUUUUCUCUCUCCUCCGCUACUCUCUCUCUCUCCCAUUAAUAUGA